AUGACGAUUAAGAAGCUGAAGGAAUGUGUCUCCCGAUUUGGAUGUCCAUUGACCGUUGUAACAGAUUACGGUACCCAGUUUUGCUCUGAAGCAUUCACCAAGUUUUCCCAGCAGCACGAAAACGAUCACGUCAAAACUCCACCCUCCUCCUCCCAGAUAGGCGGAGAAGACGUAGAAGAUGCAUUGCAGAUUUCCCUUCAGAUCUAUCGCUGUACCUCUAAUCCAUCCUUACCGGAUAACAGAUCUUCAGCUGAGGUCCUCUUGGGCAGAAGAACCCGUAUUGUUUUUGACUUGAUGAAGCCACCGAUUCCAGAACCAACGCAAAUUAAUGAAAAGCAGCAGUAUGCUGAAAUUCAUAUUCGGAACAAGCGCUAUUGGGCCAAAUGCAUCGUUAUUGAGCAGAAAGGCAGUGUGAUCUACUCUACAGUAUGCUUCUUCAAGACGAAAAACGUCAAGGUUUGA